ACGAGGCGCGCGGAGAUUCUCGUUUUAUAAAAUGGCGGCGUGAAGUGGGCUUGGACAGAUUGACUAAAGUGAUAGGACAGCCGGCAAUUAUUCAGAGUUUAGUAGUAUUUGGGAUUGUUUUACUGCAGGGGUUGCUGUCAAACAUUCAAUUCGGGUAAAGAGCGCUGAUUUGUGAUGGCGAAGAGGAUUGCUGACAAGGAGUUGACUGACAGGAACUGGGAUCAGGAGGAGGAUGGGGAGGAGGCAGGGACUUUUUCCAUGGCCAGUGAUGAUGUGCUGAAGAACAGGCCUAUCAAGAAGGCCAAGCGCAGGACUGCUGGGGCCGAGGGGGAAAGUGGUGGAGCGCUGAAGGUGUUUAAAGGGUUCUCCCUGGCCCCUACGUCAGGUACUGGCCCGGCCACUGGUGGAACCACUGGCUUCUCCGGGUUCGGGAAUGGGUCAGGGUUCAAACCCCUGUCUGGUCUGUACAAUGGGAACAGCACUGCGCCCGUCACACCAGCCUUUUCCGGGUUUGCUUCGUCGGCUGCCAACAAGGCCCCAACUGCUGGUUCAUUAACAUUCAACAGCCCCUCCUCCGCGGCUGACGUUGUGAGCCCGCCUCCUUCUAAUGGCUCCGCCCCCGCGUCCAGCCCAUGCCAGAGCUCCAACUCCAUCAGUACCAACAGCAAGGAGUACAGCAGGCAACUCACAGCGCUCAACUGCUCCGUCAGGGACUGGAUCACCAAGCAUGUCAAUGGAAACCCCCUGUGUGAUCUCAACCCCAUCUUCCGGGACUACGAGAAGCACCUGGCCAGCAUUGAGAGGAGGUACGGAGGGGGUGGUGGGAGUGGAGCCGCGGGGGUGGAGGGGGGAGCCGCGGCGACACCGGGGGAGAAGCCGCCAGCCAGCGCUGCCCCGCCACCCUCCUCUUCCUCCUCCAGUACAGUCAGCUCGGUAGCUAUAGCGACGGCAGCCCCCGCUUUGUUCUCCUUCUCCAAGGAGGACGUCCCUGCUGCUGCCCCAGAGAGCAGCCCCGUCCCCGCUGGCAUCCGCUUCAACUUCGCCCAGAAGGUGGACAGCUCCGUCCUGGGCUCCCUGGCCUCCAGAGGAGCAGCUCCGAGCUUCUCCUUCUCCUCUACAUCCUCCUCCACCUCCCUGUUUGGAGGCGCUGCUCCUCCUGCCUUCUCCUUCAGUGGGGCCAAGGCUGAGGCUGUCCCCAUCAAGACAGAUGAGAACGGAGAAGAGGAGUCUGACGAACCACCCAAAGUGGAAGUCAAAGAGAUCAAGGAGAAAGAUGCCUUCUACUCCAAAAAGUGUAAACUGUUUUAUAAAAAGGAUGCAGAGUUCAAGGAGAAGGGGGUUGGAACGCUGCAUCUGAAAACCACACCCGAGGGAAAGAUCCAGUUACUAGUCCGAGCUGAUACCAACCUGGGUAACAUCCUGCUGAACAUCAUGCUCCAGACCUCCAUGCCAUGCUCCAGGAUGGGCAAAAACAACGUGAUGGUGGUGUGUGUUCCCAACCCUGCUAUUGACGAGAGGAACCCCACCACCCCGGUCCCCAUGCUGAUCAGGGUGAAGACGGCCCAGGACGCGGAUGAACUGCACAAAAUACUGGAGGACAAGAAAGCCUAGAGGCUGGUCUUGGUGUGGGGGGGGGGGCUGCCUGUCGAAGGGGCCAAACCUGGGGCUCCAUGGGCCUGAUUCAGCCUCCAUGUUAAGGAACCCCAGACCUCUAGCAUCUCCCCUGUGUUUUAACCCAGGUUAAACCCUACAUCACGAGGCCAAACUGGGCCUGUUUUUUGUUUUGUUUUUUACUCCUCCUUUUUAUUCUCGCGUGUCUCUAAUCUCCUAGUCAAUCAGGAAGGACACCCUGAUAGUGCAGUGAUUGGGACCAGCUCUGGCCCACUGUCAGCCUCACGGUCAGAACAAGUGCAUUACA